GGGGCUUCAUGCCAUAUCCCUAUCCUAGCAUGACGCCACCAAUCAUGCCACCUCCGGUGUCGACCCCGUCAACAUUCGUUCCUAGGAUGGUCCCUAUACACCCGGUGAAUCUGACGGGGACCAUGAAUGAAGCAGCACCCUCAAAUAUUCAUGAGGUCGAUGAGGCGGAGCAAGAGGCAGCCCGCAGGAGGAAGGGUAAGGCUAUAGCCAAACCCAGCAAGACCCGAGAUUCGGCGUUCAAACGCCUAGGGGACAAAGAGGAUGGGCCCUGCAAGUCUGCCAAGCUACGUCUUGGUCCUGAGAUGGGCCGGACUAGCGCAAUGGAAAGACUUGGUGGGAAUCGUCCUACCCAAUCCCGUCGUUCUAGGGAAUCUGAGACGAUUCACCUGGACGAGGAAGAAGCCGAAAGUCAGCCCAGGGCGUCGGCAUAUAACAGGCUCUCAUACGAUGAGGACGACCUGGACAAGAUAGGGAGCGUAGCAAGAAAGCUACGUGCCCUGGAGGAAAAGGUGGAAGAGAAGGCGGGAGCUAAGAAGCACACUCUGGCCAAAUCUCCCUUUUCGGCCAGGGUACAUGCACAAAAGCUGAAGCGGAAGGUCAAAUUGGACGUAGAGAAGUUCACAGGAAAGGAGGAUCCAAACGUCCAUCUUGACACCUUCCACAAUGCAGCACAGAUGGCCGGGUGCACUGAUGCUGAGGAAUGCUUGCUCUUUUUCUCAUCCUUGAGAGGGAGGCCAGUGGAAUGGUUUAACGGCCUUCCCCAUGGCAGGAUUGGGUCCUUUGAGAAACUUGCCAAAGUUUUCCGCAAGAAGUACCAGGACAACUGCGUCAAGAGGAAGAAGUUCACCUACCUUAACACGGUAGGGCAGAGGGAGAAGGAGUCCUUGACUCAAUUCUUGACCCGCAGGAGGGACGAGGUCGAUAAAGUAGAAGAGAUGGAGGAUAAGACGAUCAUGUCUUUGCUGAUUAAUGCCUUCCGGUCGGGUGACCUCUACACCAAAUUUUGUAGAAGGCCACCCUCAUCUUAUCAAGAAGCCUACAAUACAGCACGGGAGUAUGCCGAGGCGGAGGUCUUGAACAAGAGCAAGCGAGAGCUGGAGGAAGGCUAUACAAAGGUGAAAGUCGAGAAGUUGAAGAAGGAUGACCAGAUAGGAGGGUCCAAGCCAAGGGCCACAUAUGACGGGUCAGUCCACCAAGUUAGGGAUGAGAGGAAGGUAGAACAACCCAAGCGGCCCGGGACACAGAAGUGGUGUACCUACCACCAAUUUGACUCCCACAACACGGCGGACUGCCGAAAUGUGAGGGCUGUGCUCAAGGAGAUGACCUUGAGAGGGAAAUUGGAUGAAGUACUCGUUACGGGGCUUGAGGAAGACCUAUAGGCGAGUACUUGAAUCCGCCCACAUGAAUAGGAUCAGGGAAAUCAAAGAUGAUGAAUAAAAUCUUUCUUCAAUAAAAGUGAUGUUGGGUC